GCUAUUUAAUAUUAUUUUUACACACCCAGACCAACAAACCCGGAAGUAAAAAAAUAAAAAUAAAAAAAUAUUUUUAAAUUAGAGUUUAGACAAGAUGAUUUUAAUGUGUAAUGUGAUAAGAAUAUAUAAAAAGAGAUUUAUAAUAAUACAUAAAUUAAAAAUAAAGUAAAUUCGUUGUUUGGAAAUAAAAAGCCGAAGUUGCCGACGGUGCACUUGACGUGAGUGCCUCGACGUCCCGUGCGGGCGGGAACGUGAGCCCAGUGACAACAUGAGACAAUUCAGCUCAUCAAUCAGCACAAAAACGUUGCUGCUGAUAAUUUGGCGAGUGUGCAAUGUCCUCAUGUCGCUAUUCUUCGGCCUUGCGACGUACGUGCAGAUUAACGACCCAGACGCUGCAUUGUGGAUGGUCGGUUACGGCGUUCCCGCGCUCCUGUGUGCACUUAUUGGCCUCAAACACCAGGUGACAGAGACGUUGCCAUGGAGACGUGUGGCCGACCUUCACAUGACGAUGUGCGGUGGAUUCCUUGUAAUGAUGGCAUGGAAACUCUCUAAAGAGAACCCAGUAGACGUCUUCCAGCAGGAAGAGGGCAGAGAGAUGUCUGGCCUCAUGCUGACGGUGAUGUGGCUUAUCCUGUGUCGCCACUCUGGAAGGUCCGCUGUGGGCAAGCUGAGAGUGUCCGCGGGCGUCCUCAUCACCAUCUUCCCCUUCGUGUGCUGGUACCACGUGCACCACAAGAACAGGUCCAGCUGGCCCACACACUGCACCACUGCCAUUUAGCAAGCGAUAACAGGUCAACGCAGUCCACUGUCCAUCAAUGAACCAAUGAAGAAGCACUUUAAUGUUUUGCACCGGAAUUUGUGCUGUAUUAUAAUUACUUUCACUGUAUGAUUUAUUCUAUUAAAACAUGAAUUGUUGACUAUUUA